ACUGCAAAUUGCUUUCACCCCAUCAUCCACACCACAACUGUAUUUCACGUACGACUUUUUCUCUGGGUUUAUCAUUCAACAUCAUGAACUUCAUGUCGACCAAGCUGUCUCCAUCAAUCACUUUAUCUCCAUCAGAUGCUAGUUUUUCCUUCCAUACGAAAAGCAUAUCCCUACCUCCAAAUACCAGAGUUCUUCUGAGCCCAGAGUUAAAUGCUUCCGAAAAAUCUAGUACGGCGAACGGAUGGUUUCCCGCGUCCAGUGGCUCGGUUUCGCUUAGCGCGCCACAUGCAGAGAUAUGGGCGCAGGCUGGCCAGGUGCUAAUACGCGACCACCGCUCAUUAUAUGGGACCUACGUGAACGGCAUUAAAAUUGAACAGCAGACGCUGCUACAAUCAGGAGACAUUGUAACGCUUGGCGUGCAGCUGCGUCGCUCUAAAGACAUUCCAAAUUACAUCACAGAUCAGCAACUUAAACCUAUCAUAGCAACGGUCACUCUCAAAGGCAUCUAAUUUUUCCCGUUUGUUCCCAGAAGGUGGCAGCCUUCAACGUCGUCAAUACAUACCCCUAGACUCGCGGUGCCGAUACAUUAUUUGCCGCUGGCUGUAGCAUGAACACGACUUGUAUAUUAGGUAUAUUAGAUGGACUCUAGAGUUCUAACCUACCCGUGUACAUGCCCCCUUGGCGCUAGACUCUUGCCGUUGUUAUCUUCGAUUCCGCCUCCGAGUACCCCCUGUAUCACAUUUUUGCAUUGCAAGUAAUACAUUUAUACUAGCUGC